AUGGAAGUCGACGCCGAAUCAUUCCCUCACCACCUUACUGGCCUCUUCAUCCACAUAUCAGAGGCCGACUUUGUCGCCUUUGACUUGGAGUUGUCUGGCAUUCCCUCACGGCUGCCAGACAAACCAGCACGUGGCCGAGGUCGCUAUACGCUCGAAGAACGCUAUGCUGAGACUAAGCACGGCGCUGAUCGUUAUCAAAUUCUACAGGUAGGCCUUACAUGUGCUCGGUUCGACUACAUUGCCAACAAGUACGUCCUCCGACCCUACAACAUCAACAUCUGUCCAUUGCUCGACGAGCGUCUGGAUUUUGAGCGAGAGAUACGUUUCCAAAGUGGAGCCUGCAGCUUUCUCCUUAGCCAUGGCUUCAAUCUGGGCGCUCCCUUUGCCAGUGGCGUGCAGUACUUGUCACGGCAAGAAGCGGCGCGGGCCAGGCAAAUGGCAUGGGACCGGAUCGAGAAGAAGAAUCCAGUCGAGGACAUGCAAUUGAAAGAAGAGCAUGUAGAUUCGCUCGACUUUGUGCGCCGUGUACGAGAAGCAAUCACCCAAUGGAAAACCACAAACUCGGACUGUUUGGAGGUCACCACUCACACAGGUCUUCCCAAAGCACCUCAUGUUCAAGCCAUUUCGCGGUUCGAGAAGCGCCUUGUGCACCAGCUGGUUCGCGCCGAGUUCCCAGACCAAGUAUCGAUAGGUCGACAUGACUGCAUCCGCAUCAUUGAUCACGAUGUUGAGCGAGAGGCUGACAAUGUCCGGAGAAUGAAGAGUCGCGUCAAGGAGCAGAUUAUCCGCCAGACCGGCUUUCGUUGGAUAUUCGAGGCUCUCGUAAAGGGCGGUGACAUUGAUCGAGCUGAGCCAUUAUACCUGUCGCGCACGUCAUCACUGACAGCUGACGUAUCCGGUCUCAAGGAUCGCUAUGAUCGUGCAGUCGAGCGUCUCAAGACUCGCCAACCAGUCCUUGUGGGACAUAACAUGUUUACUGACAUUGUAUACUUGUACCGCACCUUUGUGGGUGAGUUGCCCGAUACCCUCCAAGGAUUCCGAGAAGUCAUCCAUGAACUGUUCCCCAAAAUUGUCGACACCAAGUAUCUGGCCACCUACACCGAGGGUGACCUGAACGCAUCUCCCACGCUGCAAGAAAUUGCACAGGGCUUGAGCCACCAGUAUCUACCUGAGAUUGUCACGCACCCCGACCACUCCAAGUACGAAGGCGCAGAAGCCUUUCACGAGGCAGGAUACGACAGUCUCCUUACAGCCACCAUCAUGAUCAGACUCGCUGCCAGACUAGGCGCAGAACAGACCGCUGAAGUAGACCCCAUCUAUCCACCAGAACCCGUCCCAAAAAGCAACCCCACAUCAACACCCUUGCAAGACUUCCUCCACAAUAACCAAGAAGAGCCCCAAACCCCUAUCACCUCACCCCAAUCCUCAACCCAAACCCAACCCCCCUCCGCCUCCCGUCGCCGCAAACCCAAACGAAAUUCCAAAAAAGCAAAACUCGAAGCUAAACCACGCUUCCACACCACCAACAUCUUCGACAACCUCCGCACCCUAAGCCUCGAUCCCAGCUCCCCCACCACCCCUUCGUCCGUCUCCGCCGACGAGCAAGAUCCCACCUCCACUUUCAGCUACAACGACGCCCCGGCCAACGCAAACGCAAACGCAAAUGCGCAAUGGGAUCACGUGCAUGAGGGCCCGGCAGCAGGCUCCUGGGUAGAUGAGAAGUUUGUCCAGGAUCAAACGGGCUGGGUGGCGAUUGAGCGGCUCCAGAGGCGGCCGAUGGAGUUGAUGCCGUCGUUUGAGCAGGCGCGGUUUUGGUGUGGGCUGGGGAAUCGGGUGAGGGUUUUUGGGACGGUGGAGGGUAUGUUGGAGGUUGCGGGGUGGGAGGGGGUGUGA